CGACCCAGAGGCUCAGGUCCCCGCGCCCCAGGCUGGAGGCGGCGGGGGUGCUCCCGACAGUGGGCGGCCAGCUGGUUCCCUUCAGGGGCGGCCGCACGCCCUCCCCCCGGGGCUGUAAUCUGAGCCGCUGCCGCGCCGCCCCGCCGCCCCAGCCCCGACAGCGAGUCCGCAGGCGCCAUGGGCCGCGGGGCCUGCGUCCCCUCGGCGGCGUCGGGGGCCCGCGACCCGGCCCGCCGGCUUGGAGCCGUGCUGGGCGCGCUGUGCCUCUUCCCCGCGCUCGUGCUGUUGGCCUGGCCAGGGACUCCGACGAACGGGGCCGGGGCGAGAGCAGCGCAGGGCGACGCUGCGCCCCAGACUUCGGGCGUCCUGGCCUCCGGGAGCCUCGGUCCGCCGCACCCCCCGGCGCCCCGCAGACGCCGCUACACGCUGACCCCGGCCAGGCUGCGUUGGGAACACUUCAACCUUACGUACAAGAUCCUCUCCUUCCCGAGAAACCUGCUCAGCCCCAGUGAGACUCGGCGGGGUCUGGCUGCCGCCUUCCGUAUGUGGAGUGACGUGUCCCCCUUCAGCUUCCGCGAGGUGGCCCCCGAGCAGCCCAGCGAUCUCCGCAUAGGCUUCUACCCCAUCAACCACACGGACUGCCUGGUCUCCCCGCUGCACCACUGCUUCGACGGCCCCACGGGCGAGCUGGCCCACGCCUUCUUUCCCCCACACGGCGGCAUCCACUUUGACGACAGCGAGUACUGGGUCCUGGGCCCCACACGCUACAGCUGGAAGAAAGGCGUGUGGCUCACCGACCUGGUGCACGUGGCGGCCCAUGAGAUUGGCCACGCGCUGGGCCUGAUGCACUCCCAGCACGGCCGGGCGCUCAUGCACCUCAACGCCACGCUGCGCGGCUGGAAGGCACUGUCGCAGGACGAGCUGUGGGGGCUUCACCGGCUCUACGGCUGCCUGGACCGGCUGUUCGUGUGCGGGUCCUGGGCUCGGAGGGGUUUCUGCGAUGCCCGCCGGCGACUCAUGAAAAGGCUGUGCCCCAGCAGCUGCGACUUCUGCUAUGAGUUCCCCUUUCCCACGGUGGCCGCCACUCCGCCGCCCCCCAGGACCAAAACCAAGCUAGUGCCCGAGGGCAGGAAUGUGACCUUCCGCUGUGGUCAGAAGAUACUCCACAAGAAAGGCAAAGUAUACCCUCCGCCCUCUCCGCAGCUGGUACAAGGACCAGGAGCCCCUGGAGUUCUCCUACCCCGGCUAUCUGGCCCUGGGCGAGGCGCACCUGAGCAUCAUCGCCAACGCCAUCAACGAGGGCACCUACACGUGUGUGGUGCGCCGGCGGCAGCGCGUGCUCAGCACCUACUCCUGGCGCAUCCGCGUGCGGAGUUGAGCGCCGCGCUUCGGGUUGAGGCCGCUGAUAAAGCACUUUGUCUCUCAAGUCUCCUUGCCCUUUCUUGGGAUGGUGGGUGGCUGUUCUUGCGCCCAGCGGGUGGGGAACCUGCUGAACAGGCUGACCACUAGAGCCAUGAUCUGGCACGUGCUCAGUGCUGGGGAGGCAGGGCCCCCGUGGCUGCAAGGCUUCCCUGAAGAGUGGGGUGAUCUGGGGAGCAGGGCUGGGGGCACCAGCAAAAGGAACUAGUUUGGAGCAGGUGGGGGCCCCAGACAAAUCCUGUCCAGCCAGACUAGUAGCUGGAGGUCAUGCAAGUCAGGAAGAGAUGAGUCCAAGUGGGGUUGGAGGCCUCCCUUUAUCCCUGCCUCCUCUCAAGAAUGUGGGGGCCCUGGCUCCCCACACCCCCAGGGAGCACUAGUUCAGGAUCCAGCACAGGACUAGCCGCUUAAAGAAGGAUAUAUCAGACCUUUCCUCCAAGAAUAUUUUACUACAUCUUAAAACACAGUAACAACCUUGUACAAAAACCCACUGUGGCUUAGAGUUCACAUGCCUGGUUCUAGGGGCCCUGCGUUGAGGAGCAGGAAGGAGCCCCAGCAGCAGCCUGAAGAUUUA